AUGGCUCUCCCUCCAAAGUGGUAUCAGUUUGCAGUGUCCGUCUUUGCCUCGCUGGGCUCUCUGCUCUAUGGCUAUGACUUGGGUGUCAUUGCCGAGGUGAUUGCCUCUGGCAACUUUGUCAAUCAGUUUGGUAAUGACCCAAACAAGAUUGGUGCUGUCGUGUCCGUCUUUACUGGAGGUGCCUUUUUCGGUGCCAUGUUUGCUGGUCCUGCUGGUGAUAAAUUCGGCCGCAAGUAUACCAUCCUGAUCGGUGCUCUCAUCUUUAUCCUCGGUGGUGGUCUUCAGACUGGUGCCUCGCAUAUCGACUAUCUGUACUCUGGACGAUGUCUCGCCGGUGUUGGUGUUGGCUUCCUUGUCAUGAUCGUUCCCGUUUACCAGGGAGAGCUUUGCCAUCCUGAUAUCCGUGGAAGAGUCACUGCCCUUCAGCAGUUUAUGCUUGGUGUUGGUGCUCUCAUCGCUUCAGCUGUCGGCUAUGGCACAUACGUUGGCUUUGAGGACCACGACUCUCGCCAGUGGCGCAUUGCCCUCGGCCUGCAGUGUCUCCCCGCCGUCAUCCUCGCCGCCCUGAUCCUCUUCUUCCCCGAGUCCCCCCGAUGGCUCAUCGACAAGGGUCACGUCGAUGAGGGUCUCAAGACCCUCGCCCGCCUGCACUCCCAGGGCAACGUCGACGACCCCUGGGUGCGUGCCGAGUUUGAGCAGAUCCAGGAGCGCAUCGCCAUCGAGCACGAGGCCGCCGCCAAGAGCUACCUCGAGCUCUUUACCGACAAGUCCUGCUUCCGUCGUCUCUUCCUUGCUGUUGCUCUGCAGGCUUCCGUUCAGAUGACUGGUGUCUCCUGCAUUCAGUACUACUCUGUCAAGAUCUUUGCCAAGAUUGGUAUUUCCGGUGACGAGACUCUCCGCUACCAGAUGAUUUCUUCUGUCAUCGCUCUGGUCGCUCAGUUCACUUGCAUGCUUCUCAUCGACAACACUGGUCGUCGCUGGCCCCUGAUCGGAGGCAACUUCUUCAACGGAAUCACCUUCAUCAUCGCCACCAUCCUCCUCGCCAAGUUCCCCCCUGGUUCCGAGGGCGGCGGCGGCGCUGCUGGCUGGGGUUUCAUCGUUAUCACCUGGAUCUACAACUUUUCCUUCAGCGCGACAUGCGGUCCCUUGUCGUGGAUUAUCCCCGCCGAGAUCUUUGAUAUGAAGACUCGUGCCAAGGGUGUGUCUAUCGCUACCAUGAUGUCGUUUGCUUUCAACACCAUGAUUGGCCAGACUACUUCUGUCGCUCUUGACGAGAAGGACGGCAUUGGCUGGAGAUGGUACAUUGUCUUCAUUGUCUGCAACAUGACCAACGCCCUCUUCUUCUGGGCUGUCCUCCCCGAGACCGCCCACCGACCCCUGGAGGAGAUGCGCUACCUCUUCACCGAGGCCCCUCUGUUCGUUCCCUCCAUGGACAAGAGCAGGUUCGCCGCCGGCCAGGAUCUCGAGAGGCGAGCCGAGGAGGUUUCUCAGAAGCAGGAGUUGGCUCAUGUCAACUAA